GGAAGACUCUAAGGGAACGCGGCAGAAGCCGGGAGAGGAGGCACGGCAGACGGCCGGGGUAGGCAGAGGUGUCAGGGGAAGGACAGGGUGGCUUUGGGCACCCACGGCCGCAGCGUGGGGCACCCGCCCCGGCUCGCCCACCCGCCGCGCUCCGCCCGCCCGCCCGCCCGCUUUGCCUACCGCCAGCACCAUGGUGGACAGGGGCCCCUUGCUGACCUCGGCCAUCAUCUUCUACCUGUCCAUUGGGGCGGCGAUCUUCGAGGUGCUGGAGGAGCCCCACUGGCGCUCGGCUACCGACAACUAUAAGCGGCAGAAGACGGAGCUGCUCAAGCAAUUCCCUUGCCUGGGCCAAGAGGGUCUGGACAGGAUCCUGCAGAUUGUGUCAGAUGCUGCUGGACAGGGGGUUGCCAUCACUGGGAACAAUACUUUUAACAACUGGAAUUGGCCUAACGCUGUGAUCUUUGCUGCUACUGUGAUCACAACAAUCGGUUACGGAAAUGUUUCCCCAAAGACACACGCUGGGCGUCUCUUCUGCAUAUUUUAUGGGCUUUUUGGAGUCCCUCUCUGCUUGACGUGGAUCAGUGCUCUAGGGAAAUUCUUUGGAGGACGUGCCAAGAGGCUGGGCCAGUUUCUGACGAAAAGAGGAGUAAGCCUGAGGAAAGCCCAAAUUACAUGCACGGCUAUAUUCAUUGUUUGGGGUGUCUUGGUCCAUCUGGUUAUUCCUCCCUUUGUCUUCAUGAUGACUGAAGGAUGGAAUUACAUUGAAGGCCUCUAUUUCUCAUUCAUCACUAUCACCACCAUAGGAUUUGGAGAUUUUGUUGCUGGUGUAAAUCCAGAUGCAAACUACCAUGCGCUUUACAGAUAUUUUGUGGAGUUAUGGAUCUAUCUGGGACUAGCUUGGCUCUCACUCUUUGUUAACUGGAAGGUCAGUAUGUUUGUGGAAGUCCACAAAGCAAUCAAGAAACGCAGGAAAAAAAGAAAAGAGUCAUUUGAGAACCACCCUCGGCCUAAAAAACCCCUUCAAAUGGGUACCUCAAAGGAUGUCAACAUUUUCAGCUUUCUUUCAAAGAAGGAAGAGACCUACAAUGACCUUAUAAAGCAAAUUGGGAAGAAGGCCCUGAAGACAAGCAAUGACAAAAUGAUUAUCGUGGAAAAUGCCAAACAGAUGAAUGCCAGUAUAGAUGUUCAGGUGACUUACACAAAAACAGAGUCCUUUGAGUAUGAUGAGGCUUCCCUGGACAUUCAAAAUGGUCACGUACUGAGACCCCUCCAUGACAAACAUAGUGGAGACAGCCCUCUAGAAGGAAGCAUGUUUGUGAACCAGCUGGACAGGAUUAGUGAAGAAGAAGGUGAAGUGUGGGAUUCCAGAGACUAUCGGCCCUUAAUAUUUGAGAAUGCCAAUAUAACAUUUGUAAAUGAAGAUGAUGAUGAAGAAGAAGAUAUCUCAGAUGAUGAGGAAACGUCAAAAUCCUCUAUGGAUGAUAAUCUUGCAGAGGAAUCUGAAACUGCAAAAAAAUUGGUAAAAUUCCCAUCCUCUGAUGAAUCUACCUUUACCAAUAAUGAGCUAGAACUUUCUGUGCCUUAUGAACAACUGAUGAAUGAAUAUAAUACAGUAAGCAAUGUGAAGGCUGCCACGUGAAGCAUGCUGGACAAUGGUUUUCUGAAAGUGGUCAGUGCAUAUUGAACAUAGAGCAAGGAGAAAAGUAGGUUUGCAGCUUCUCCUGUCUCUUUGAAAACAAAAGCAAGUCCCAGAGUAAGAAACUCCAGUCUCCUUUUCCAUCCUAAGUUGGCUUCUGAGCCCAUCAGCUUUGCUUUUCUGAAAGACUUGUAAAAUAACAGUUGAAUUUGGAGUCCCACUCCUUCUUUAGAUU